AUGGCGGCACCGGCGGGCAGACAGCGCACUCGCGGUUUGCUAUACCCAUUGCUGUUACAGAAGACUCCACAUGCAACAUAUCACAAGACAAACGAAGAAAGUGCUAAUAUGGAGGAGAUUACAGAAUUUGCUGAGUGGUUGGCUAAAAUCGGUGAUGGAAAUGUUGUUGCCAUCGACUGGGGACAACAUAGGACAAUUAUGGAUAAUAUUUUUCCAAUGUUCAAGGAGGGUGGUUCUCACCAAGAGUACAUGGAAAGUCGUGCGAUUUUGGCUCCAACGCUUGAUGUUGUAAAUGCAGUGAAUGAAUAUAUGACUGAUUUGCAUGUCGCUGAAAGCAGGACCUACCUAAGUUGCGACACUGUGUGUAAGGCGGAUUCAAAUAAUGGCAUCCUAUAUGAUAUGCACACACUAGAAUUCCUUAAUGGAUUAAAAGCAUCUGGCAUUCCUAACCAUGCUUUAACUCUUAAAGUGGGAUCUCCAGUCAUGUUGUUGAGAAACAUAGAUCACUCAAUGGGACUAUGCAAUGGCACAAGACUUAUUAUCACUAGGUUAUCAGAUCAUGUUGUUGAAGCAAAAAUUGUUUCUGGCCAUAAUGCUAGACAAUUUGUCUUGAUACCAAGGAUGGCAAUGACGCCAACAAAUACAAGGCUACCGUUCAAAUUUCAAAGAAGACAAUUCCCAUUAGUGUUGGCAUAUGCGAUGACCAUUAACAAAAGUCAGGGCUAA